GGUCUAAGUAGUUACGGGAAGCCUAAUUGCAUUUUAAAAAGGACUGAAUUAGCAGCAUAUAUUUCAUGUCUUUUUCGUUGUUGUGGUCACUUAAGAUUUGGUCUCAUGUUAGCAACACCUAUCAGCGAGCUAUGUCGGAGUCUCCUUUAAGAGCGCUGAUACACCACACAGCUUACACCAGAAAGCAGAGCUUGGCGGCAGUGGAAAGUAGCGCACUGGAAGGAUGACAGCUAUCAGCCGCUGCUUUGCGUCUGACACCCAUUUGAACCGCCAGUGUGAGGACCACUGAUCCAGCCCGCGGGGCGGUCUUUUCUGCCCAAAAACGUAUUGCCGUGGGCUGUGUGUGGAUCUCUUAUGAUUUCUUCCUUUUCGUAGAGGCAAUUUUUCUAACACUAUGGUGCUGGGCAAGGUAAAGACUUUAGCGGUCUGUUUCGACUGUUUAAACGACAACAACAUUCCUCUUUACUCCGGCGGCGAUUCUGUCUCGGGAAGAGUGAUAAUCGAAGUCGCCGGCGAGGUUCGCGUUAAAACGCUGAACAUAACCGCCAGAGGAAUAGCCAAGGUACGGUGGACCGAGUCCCGGAACGCCGGGGCCAACACUGCCUACACUCAGAAUUACACCGAGGAGGUGGAAUACUUAAACCAUAGCGACACGUUAAUAGGAGAGGAGCGAGAUGAGGAUAGUCCAGAAGAGGCCCUAACUGUUCUCAACACAGGGUUACACGAAUUCGCUUUCAGCUUCUUGCUACCACAAAUGCCCCUGGCCACGUCGUUUGAAGGGAAACAUGGCAGUGUGAGGUACUGGGUGAGAGCAGAGCUCUACAGACCAUGGCUGCUGCCUGUCAGAGUGAAGAAGGAGUUCACUGUGUUUGAACACAUUGACAUCAACACACCACUGCUGCUGGCUCCUCAAGCUGGCACUAAGGACAAGACCCUGUGUUGCUGGUUCUGUGCUUCAGGACCAAUCUCACUCAGCGCCAAGAUCGAGAGGAAGGGAUACACACCAGGCGAGUCCAUCCAGAUAUUUGCGGAGGUGGAGAACUGUUCGUCCAGGGUGGUGGUGCCCAAAGCCGCGCUGUGCCAGACCCAGACCUACUUUGCCAAGGGAAAAGCCCGGCAGCUUCAGCAGCAGGUGGCAGCCCUGCGUGGCGACAACCUGCUCCAGGGGAAGAGUCAGAGUUGGGAUGGAAAACUACUCCACAUACCUCCUGUCUCCCCAUCCAUCCUGGAAUGUCCACUCAUCAGAGUGGAGUAUUCACUGGUGGUGUAUGUGGACAUCCCUGGCGGGUUGAACCUGUCAUUGUCGUUGCCUUUGGUGAUUGGUACCAUCCCGCUCCACGCGUUCACUAGUCGAACCAACAGCAUCAGCAGUUACUGUAGUACCACCAGCUGGCCAGAGAGACCUGAAGCUCCGCCCAGCUACAGCGACCUGGCAGUGACAGAGGAGCAAAGACGGGGCUGCCUUGAGCAGUGUGAGGGGUCAGACGUCCAUGAAGAGGACCAGGGAACGCUGCAUGCUUACAUCACAGAGUUCAGAUACCAGCCCCCGCCACUGUACUCUGAGGUUGAUCCUAACCCAGAACCAGGCUGUGGAGGUCAGGAGGUCAGGAGACCCGAUCCUUGCCCCUCUCGCUGAGCAUAACACUGGCCUGCUCAGAUCAGACAAGAAACUACACUUACACAGAAAUCCAACAUGGUCAUUGCUAUAGUCCUCUGCAGGUGCUGAGCAGCUACAGAUGGAUCCAACAUGGCCGCCACUAUAGCCCUGUGCUGGAGCCAGUCAUCUAUAGAUGGAUCCAACAUGGUCGCUGCUAUAGCUCAAUACUGAUGGCCGUCUCAUCCUAGGUUUCCUCAGGAAGGUGUACAUGGAUGUAAACAGGGAUGUCAGUUGUGUGGAUAGGCUAGGAUACACCACUGUCUGAACAAAAUUGCAGUUUUCUGCUGUUAAGGAAGAAUAGCUAGUUGUUAGACCCAGUUUCUUAUACAGUAUAUGACCAUUACAUAGCACAUCUAGGAUUAGAUGAGAGAAGAAAAGAAGAAAAGAAACAAUCCUCUGUUGAAAACGUGGUCAGAAAUCUCCUCCAGCCUCACAGUGAAUUUUGCACAUGCCUUUCUUGCUGUUUGACGACCUAAUUUCCACAGCUUUUCUUCCUUGAUGCUCAUAAAUGCUGGAACAUGUCCGUUGUCUUCUCACCACCACUGCUUUACCAGAAACAGCACAGAAUCACACCCUAUUAGAACAAACUAAGAAACAAAUGAAAAAAUAUAGUUUUUUGUGUUUUAGUUUGUCUUGGGAUUUCUGAAUGGUGGAAUGACCUGCAAACAAAGAGAGUUGUUAGGAAGUCCAGGAGGUUGUGUUAUGGGCAGUGAUUGCUGGGUAGUGUGUCUCCAGACCGAUGUCUAUGUUAAGCACUCACAUUGUCUUUCAGGUGUCUUUCCUUACUAUAAUCCUAUAUAGAUACAGUACCAGAGGAAGCACUUGUUUGAUUGAUAUAUGUGGACAAAGAACACAGAACGGAGCUCUUUAUUUACAAUGAGAGGACAGAAACAGCCAAAAAUAAGUAAAUAAAUAGAUAUUUCAAAUGUUUACAAGUCAGUUGUGGUUUUCAAAGCAAAACCAAUAAUGUCAUUCAAAGUUGAUCUCCACUUCCAAACUGAUACAAAGUGCAAUAUAUUUUUGUAUUUAUCGUUUUUCUAUGUUUGUGUGCUGUAUGUGAUGCCAUUAUUGCCAUUACUGAUCUGAAUGCUAUCACAAUCUUCCUUUGUAUGGAAUAAAUAAGCUUUUUUGUA